AUGUCAUGGCCGCGAGUCAGUCGGGCGUGGCGAACAUCAACAUCGUCGAUCGCAAGCCUCACCUCAACCCUGACCACCCAAAGCCGACCCGCCCGAGCCCCUACUUUCCCCCAAACUUUUCACCCUUUCCCCCAAAACCUCUUUCCCGCCAUGCUUUGUCGUCUCCCACCGCCGGCGGCGGCGGCGGCGGCAGUGGCGACAGGGCCCCGGGAAACAGCUGCUGGCAGUGAGCCUCACGCCAAGAGACAGCGCCUGGCGGAAGCUGAUGAGGCCUCCGCCAUGAGGGGCCUUAUGGAGCAGGAGAGGCAGCUGCGUAACCGAAACACAAUGCUGUUGGCCCCCAACAAGGACUUUCGUCGGGUGCUGGAGGUGCUGCUGGAAGUGAAGAAGCAGGUGGUCAACAGGAGACAUGAGGUCGCAGCAGCAGCAGCGGCAGCAGCGGCAGCUGGAGGGGGAAGUAGCAAGGGGACUGCGGCGCCGCCGGACGCUCGCGGUGGUGGUGGUUCAUCUCGGUACGGCAAGGACGAUCCGCGUAAGGCCCCCGGACGAACAACACGGAAUACUCGUUCAUAUGACAUCCGCCGCAUAUGCCGCCGCCGCGGCGGUGGCGCCAAGGGCGGAUCCAAGCCUCAAAGCUUUUCUGACGGCGGCGUUGCGUCCAAGGCGGCAGCCGCGGCGGCGACGGCGACGGCGCGGGGUUCUGGGUCCGGCGGCGGCAGGGGCGCCAAGGGCGGCGACGGCUCCAAGAAGAGCGGUGUGCCCAUCAUUAUCGUACCCUCGGGUUUGACCUCCAUGAUCAACAUGUACAACGCCAGGGCGUUUUUGGAGGAGGGCCGGUUUGUGCCGGCAGCGCAGGCCCAGGCCGCUGCCAGUGGCGCUCCGAAACCCAGCUCUCUCACCAUCCGCCGUACGGCCCACCGUGGUCCCCCGGGUGUGGAAUACACCCUGACGGACCGGGCCCCCCCCGCCGGCAGCCCCGACUGGGAGCGGGUGGUGGCGGUGGUGGUCCAGGGGGCCAAAUGGCAGUUCAAGGACUGGCCGUAUAAGGUCGGGGGCGCCAAGGACGGCGACCUGAUGGAGGCUCUGGCCAAGGUGUGUGGAUUCUUUGUGCACUUCGCAGACGAAAAGGUUGGACCCCCCGUAUCCGACUGGAAUGUUCGUACAAUAGCCCUCCACCGGGAGAACCGGCACAAGGACAUGAUGGCCAUGUUGGAGCUGUACCGCCACUUGGACGUCUUCCUGCAGGUCCGGUCGGAAACGGACGCAGAGCACGUAAAGCGGAGGAGCACCUGGUACUUCCAGCAGUUCAUAAAGCUUGCGGUCGCGGCCCACAUCCCGGGGCUUGCCGACUACUUCCUCAUUUUCGACAGUGAUAUGAUCGCUCUUCGCCCGCUGACCUGGUUCCUUCCCCUGGACUCUUCUGAAACUGGCAGCACUGUUGAAAAUAAUAAUAAUAAUGAUAACGACUCCAAAACCGACUUAUCACAACCGCCAUUACCAUUAUCGCCAUCGUCAUCAUCAUCGUUAUCGAAGCCCUACCCCGUUGUGCGCCCGGUACCCGGCAAGAGUGAGGAGGGCUGCGUCAACCAGCACCCUUUCCGCAUGCUCGUUAAUGUCGGGGGCUUCCUACCAAAAUACGGCUAUAUGCGCACGUACGAGCAUUUAACGGGCAGACAGAUCAUCUACGGGCACGACAACAAGAGUCUAGUCACGCACAGCGCCUUGGUGUACAAGCCGUACAUGGCGGAAUUCCUGGCCAACAUCACGUACGACAAGUACACGGGCAUACCUCAUGGCUGGGCUCUGUCCGUUGCGGACGCUGUCAGCAAGCUAUGGGACGUCGGCGAGGUGCUUGUGGGUUUCUCGGAGUUCUGGUCGUACCUGUCGUGGGCACAGGACAACUACCCGUGUGUAUUCCGGCAGGCUGAGGAGCGCACCUGGACCAGGACCCCAGUGCAGCUCCCGCGCACCCUCCCGAUCGCCGUCAGGGUGGACGAGCACACGUACAUCGGCAUAUGCUGCCCCACGACAGACAAUAUCCGGGCCACCCGCGAGCACGGCUACUACUUCACUGGUUACGAGCUGGGUCACAUGCACCACUGCAACUACCAGCAUGGGGCCUUUCAAGAGGGCUACGCGGAGUGGUACCAGCCGGUCUGA